UAUGUAAUUAAUUGAAGAUCCAAGAUUUAAGGAAUUCAAAGAAAAAGUUGGUUCAGCUGCUUAAGAAUUCUUUUAAACUAUGAAGACUGAAAUAUAAACCAAAAGGUUUAAUAACAAGAAUAAUCAAAUUAAGAGACAUUACUUAUUGAUUUUUUUUUCUUAAAAAUAAAAAGUAGAUGAACAUGAAAAUUAAAUUUAAAAGGAAGAAAUACUAUAAGAAAUUAAAGAACAAAAAGAACCAGUUGAUGAUGAAAUAGAUUAGAAGGCCAAAUAAUUAGCUCAGAUUUUUGAUUGUAGUGAAUAAUUAGCUAAGGGAUAUGUCGAAUUGUUUAAAGGAUUAUCAUUAAAAGAAAUAGUUGAUAUAAUAUAUAACUAAAAAUGA